AUGCCAAAACUUGAAUACCCAGAAUGUAAUUUUCGUAUGAUAAAUGUUUCCUAUGAUAAUAAUAUUGAUACUAAUACUAUAAAGGAUAUUUCCUAUAAUACUAGAAGUGAAGAACUCGAAGAAAUUGAAGGAGUUAAAGACAACGAAAGUUUAAGAUUGGUUCGUUUGUAUAAUAAAGCAGGAAAAAUCCAGAAAAACUAUCAUCGGAGCGAGACAAUCAGAGAUUAUAGCUUGGUACAAUUUCUUGGAAGAAUUUGA